GGGGCGGGCGAGGGCCAGGCGGAGAGAGACUUCCGAAGGACGGGGAAGAACCGGGCCGCGGCGGGAGCAUCCCCCGGUCCCCGAGAGGAGGAUGUAUGGCAAGGAGAUCAGCCAUCCCGUGGCUCCACCAACCAUCCCGUCGUCACUCUCCGAGGCAAAGCGUUAAGCUGAUGGGCCGUGUCCCCGACCCAGAAGUGGCGUCGCAGACAGUAUUAUGUUCUGAUUUCGGGAGGCCCCGGCUGAAGAAGCGAACCGGCCUGGUUCCGACAGGACGGCGAAAAUGGCUUUGAGACGAAUCACUCAGGAGACCUUUGAUGGUGUAGUGCGAGAAAACAUCACAGAGUUUGAAAUGGACCCAGACGAAGCUCUGAAAGAAGCCAUCGAGCAGUUUGAAUCCCAAGGUGUUGAUCUGAGUAACAUCGUGAAAGCUGUUCGGAAACCCGCCGCCGAUGGUGCCCAGGAGCAAAAACAUGAUAUUUUACAGAUACUUGACGAACUCCAGAAAUCCGUGGACUCUUCGGCUCCCCUGGAGCUGGCCGAGCACCUCGUCCGCUUCAGUGACCGAUGCAAGCAGCAGACGGCCGCCCGUUUCCUGGCUGCCCAGAAAGGCGCUUACCCCAUCGUGCUGGCCGCCUGCCAGCUGGCCGCCUCGGAGGGCCGGGGGCUCUUGCCGAAGGCCCUCGGUGCCCUGUCUGCCCUGACCGACGGUCAGCCAGACCUCCUGGAGCCCGAGGGGCUGCAGCUGCUGGUGGCCACGUUGAAGGAGAACGUAGACGAUGCCGAAGUGACCUCCGUCGGACUCCGCUGCGUCCGUCACGUAAGUCUGAAGCACGAGCGGAACCGGCAGGACCUGGUGAAGGCCGGGGUCCUGCCGCUGCUGACUGGGGCCAUCGAGAGGCACGGCCGCCGAGCGGAGGUGAUCAGAGAGGCCUGCUCGACCCUCAGGAUCAUGACGUUCGACGACGAUAUCCGAGUGACCUUCGGCCACGCUCACGAUCACGCCAAGAUGAUCGUGCGGGAGAACAGCGGCUUGAAGGUUCUCAUCGAAGCAGCCAAAGCAUUCCCAGGUGACACCGCGGUUCUCAGCGAACUCUGUGGCACCCUGUCGCGCCUGGCUGUCCGAAACGAGUUCUGUCAGGAGAUCGUGGACCUGGGAGGCCUCAGUUUCAUGUUGACGCUCCUGGCGGACUGCAUCGACCAUCAGGACUUGGUGAAGCAGGUGCUGAGUGCCCUCCGGGCCAUCGCGGGCAACGACGAGGUGAAGGACGCCAUCGUCAGCGCGGGCGGGACGCACCUCAUUGUUCUGGCCAUGACCCGCCAUCUCGCCAGUCCCCAGUGGCCUUGCUUGUCCCCUGGGCCUAUACACGCCUCCCCCGCGUCCCUCCGCCGUCAGAUUUGCGAGCAAAGCUGCGGGGCCCUGUGCAUGCUGGCCCUGCGCAAACCUGAGAACAGCAGAGUGAUCGUGGAAGGUGGAGGGGCCUCGGCGACGCUGCAAGCCAUGAAGUUGCACCCAAAGGAAGUCACCGUGCAGAAACAAGCCUGCAUGUUGAUCCGCAACCUCGUCGCCCGAACCCAGGGCUUUUCCCGGCCCAUUCUGGACAUGGGGGCGGAGGUGCUCAUUGCCAGAGCCCGGGCCACCCACCGGGACUGUGAUGACGUGGGCAAAGCUGCUCUCCGGGAUCUAGGUUGCCAGGUUGAGCUGCAGGAGCUCUGGACGGGCCAGAAGGGAAGCCUGGCUCAGUGAUCCGUUACCCCGGCAACCAGCUAACCUGCCCCCCUCCUCCCCCCCCCCCAACGGGAGAACAAACAGGAGCGGUUCAUCUGGAACUGCGGCUCUGGGCUUUCCAGGACCCCGGGGAGGAGGAGGAGCAGGGGACGCCGCCAUCCGCCUGACCCGACGCAGACCCAGCCCCUCUAUCUCAAAUCCACCUCCGCCAAGAAUGAGGGGGUCUGAGCGGCCUCGACCCCAUCCCCUUGGGUUGCCCCGCCAGUAUCCCGAACGCUCUGAGUGGUUCUGUCUCGUCUGCUUAGGAUUCUCCGUAGCUGGUCUCUUCCUUCCCCUCUUGAGUGCCGUAGCUCUACCUAGUCCGUGUGGCUUAGAUGAACAAGGGUCGUGCGUGGAAAUAAAUGCCUCAGCGGGAAGGGUCUUUGCAGUUUAAAAUCUAUUCUCUCCAGGUCUGCGCGUGGAAACGUGGGAGUCGAAUAGUUGGGAAAAUCCUGCGGGAGACUCCACUGGAAAAUUCUAGUCACAGUGCAGUUGACCCUUUCCCCAUGAUGAGGCCUUCUUUAAGGCUCAACAGUAACAGCCUUCACCUUGAAGUCUUAAAUAGUAGUAGAAAUGUAUCCGCCUGAUAUUUCCUUCCCUCCCCCUUCUCCUUUCCUCCUCUCAGUCAAUUUGUACCCCUUGACAGGUCAACUCCUUUGUAAAGUUGGUCCCUGGCUCUGUAACCCAUUGGCAAGAAUUCUUUCCCAUUGUGUUCCCCCGAAGGCGUAACCCUCAUUCUCACCUUUGAAAAAAUAAAUAAAUUGUGGAUUGAAGUGUGUCA